AUGUCAAUUAAAUUGAAUUCAUUAGGCUUAAUGAACAGACAAGUGCGAUGCUUCACAACGAUGGGCCGAUAUAUGAACAAAAUCAAAGUGCGGAACGCAGUUGUAGAUUUGGAUGGUGAUGAGAUGACGAGGAUAAUUUGGAGAGAAAUUAAGAAAAAGUUAAUAUUACCUUAUUUGGAUAUCGAUAUAAAGUAUUAUGAUCUUGGCUUGCCAAACCGCGACAAAACUGAUGACAGAGUAACACUGGAAGCCGCUGAAGCGAUUAAGAAAUACGGUGUGGGGAUCAAGUGUGCAACAAUUACACCUGAUGAAGCUAGGUAG